UGAUCGCCCACCUGCACACUCUUGAUCUCCACCUCCUCACGCCAUGCUUCUUUCAAGGAUUAAGGCUAAGCUGACUGGCAAGAGGGUGUCUUCAGAAUUUAGCUUAGAGAAACAACGCAAGAUUGCCAUUGCUUUAGAAAAAUACAUACCAAUUUUAAGUAUUAUCCUAUUUGUGGUUGCAGUCAUUUGGCUGUUCUUAUUACCGUACGAAGGAUACAACAAACGCACUUAUAUUUCAGAAAAUGCACUUUUGCCUGGACAGGCAAACGUAAAUUAUGGAUACAAUGACAUGCGUGCAGCAGAAGACUAUCGGUCAAAAAUCAUCCGGAUUCAGGAUAAAGACAGUGAGAUGAGAGCGUCGUUUAUCCAAGAGGAACUACGACGUAUAGGAUUCACAUCUGCGCUUCAACAUUUUUCUGUAAAUGGUUUAAACGAAACUGGAGUAAACGCAUUUGCUAUUCAUCGAGCACCCCGAAGUGAUGGAAAAGAAGCACUUAUUUUGAGUGCACCUUGGGUGUCACGCACAGGGGAUUAUAAUACCAAUGGUAUUGCUGCAUUGCUGUCUCUAGCAAAAUUGUUCAAACGUAAUAUAUAUUGGUCCAAGGAUAUAAUUUUACUUGUGACAGACAAGGAUCUGUCAGGAACUCAGGCAUGGUUGGAUGCAUAUCAUGGAAUUACUCAAUCAGAAGAAAUCGACAAGGCCGGAUUCUCUUCUGUUGUCAUGCCACGCUCAGGAGCUGUUCAAGGAGCAAUCAACUUAGACUUUCCGGGGACAAAUGAUUAUGAAAGUCUUGGACUUUUUUUUGAGGGUGUCAAUGGGCAGCUGCCAAAUUUAGAUCUCAUCAACUCCAUAGUUGUCAUAGCAAGGCACACUGCUCAGAUUUCAGUAGUCCUUCACGAUACUACAUCUAAUUCAUACGAAGAAAAAUCAUGGGGUGUGUACGCUGGCUCUCUUUUGCAUAUGCUCCGUACUAUGAAGUAUCAAGCCUUAUGCCACCCUUCCAGUGAUGCAGGUCUUUACUUAAGAUACAAAAUUGAUGCAAUUACAGUGCAUGGUAUUCAUGGAUCUGGAGAUUUGAACCACUUAUUUGGAUUCCACAGAAUAGGAGUUCUGGUAGAAUCCACUUUCCGCAGCUUAAACAACCUGCUUGAGCAUUUUCAUCAGUCUUUCUUCUUUUAUUUCUUGCCACAGCCUAAUCGCUAUGUCUCUAUCGGUGUCUAUAUGCCACCAAUUAUUGUCUUUGCAUGUAGCUUGAUAUUUCAAUCCCUUGUACUUUAUUACCUUCCUUUAGAGACAACAGGAAACCUAAAUACUGAAUACCCACCAGCCUUUACUGUCAAGAAGAAGAAUGUAUCUUUUGCUUUUUCUAUUUUGGGGGCAACUCAUCUCGCAGGUGUUUUAAUAUUUUAUGUAAUCCAACCAAUCUUUGGGCAACAAUUUCUUAGAAGCUUUCCAAUGGCAGAGAUCGUUCACGGACAGUUCAUUAUUGCCUGUUUGAUCGCUUUCACAACUGUCACAGGCCUUAGCUUGUGGGUGACAAAAAAUAGAUCCACUACACACAGUGGUGCGAUUUUAAAGUCAUUCUGUUUGGCUCAGAGUGCAUUAAUAAUCGCCACCGUAUCCCUUUUGAAUUUCAGCCUUGCGGUGGCAACGGCAAUAACUAUAGCUUUACCCUAUAGUAUUAUUCGCCCUUCGCCAAAUUCUGCAGCCCGACUCGCCCAAUGGCUUAUUAUUACGUUGACAUCGCCUGCCGGCCUUGUCACUUUAUUUACAAUUAUCACGGGUAAUUGUCUUACUAGUGUCUUGACAGCACUAUUUGCGGAUUUUCAAGUAGCUCAGUCAUGGUUCUUGACUUACAUCUGUAUUGUCUAUUGGCCUAUAAAUAUGGCAAUGUGCAUUCUUAUUGUCAGUAACUCGUGAAUAAAUAAGGAUGCCAAUAUGAGAGCCAGUUAAAUAUAU